AUCACUUUCUUUUUACCACAAUGCAGUCAAGAGGACAGGAAGGUUGCCUUACAAAACAAUGUGAAGAUCGUGGAGGCAGAACCACUACUUGGCAUUGAACAACUGGAGUGGCUUUGCUUCCCUCCAGAUCAUCUGCAAAUUGAUAUUAUUGUGGGUCAUGGUGUUAAACUUGGUAAACAAGCACAAGUCAUAAAAAAAUCUAAAAAGUGCAAAUGGCUUCAAGUGGUGCACACAGACCCUGAAGAACUCGGGAUGUUUAAAAACUAUUCCAACCCAAUUUCAAAGGGUGAAGAAAAGCACAAGACUGAAGUAGAACUGUGUAAAAUGGCAGAUCAUGUUGUAGGAGUUGGACCCAAGUUGAGUGAGGCCUUCCGCUCAUAUCUACGUAGCUGUAGAAAAGAUGACACUGUUCUUGACUUCACUCCUGGAACAUUUGAAGAGUUUGCGGCUGUAAAGCAGGUUCCUAGUGAAAGGCAACAAUGCAGUGUCUUGGUAUUUGGUCGUGGAGAUGUAGAAGAUUUUGAAUUAAAAGGGUUUGACAUAGCCGGGAAAGCGAUUGCUGCAUUAGAAGAUACUCGUCUUGUGUUUGUUGGAGCUCCAGAUGGAAAACACGAAGAAAUAGCAAAACGGUUGACUGAAUGUGGUGUUCCUGAAAGGCGCUUGAGAGUAAGAGGAUUUGUUCAAGAGCGAGAGAGUUUGAAGGACUUGUUCCAAGAAGUGGAUCUUGUAAUCAUGCCUUCAAGAACAGAAGGCUUUGGAUUGACAGGACUUGAGGCCCUGUCAGCUGGUCUCCCUGUGCUCAUCAGCAGCAACUCUGGUUUUGGGGAAGCUCUGUGUAGUGUACCUUUUGGUUCAACAUAUGUUGUUAACUCAGAUGAACCCACAUAUUGGACCUCAGCUAUUAGGAAAAUAUGGGCCAAGGAUAGAAAAAGUCGACUGGAGGAAGCAAAAAUGUUGCGUGAUUCCUUUGACAAAAAGUACAACUGGGCCAGACAGAUAAAAGAUCUUAUUGAGAAGAUGAUCAGUUGGGUUCAUGGUAUGAACUUCAAUUUGAUUGACAGUUGCAUUUCAUCAUGUAUUUAUAUUUAACAGUUAAUGAAUGAGGCUGAGUAUCUUAUGAAGAAUUAUGGAGAUCGAGGAGGGUGUUAUCCGUCGAGGCCGUAGGCCGAGGUGGAUAACACCCUCCGAGAUCUCCAUAAUUCUUCAUAUGAUACGAAAGCCGAAUUCAAUAACUGUUUUAUUAUUCGUUCAAAAUAAUUCCUAGUUUAAAAACAUAGCUAAAACAUACUUACCUCCAUCGAUCCAUCGAUGUUCAGUUCAUCUGCGACAGUGUACGUUUAGGUUUGUCCAGGCCUGCAAAUAUUCUCCAAACAGCAGAUGUCACCCAUCGAGUUGUCUUCUUGCUGUUCUUGCCAUGUUUUUAGCUUUUUUUUCGCCUAGUUCUUACUCUUGAAAUGAGUGAAAUGUCCGCCAUUUUUUUCAAGUUCACAACCAAAACAACUCAACCUCGUCCCCAGGUCUUCUCGGUUAACGGUGCCUUAACCUGGGAAAACGCUGCAUUUUUGACGUCAUUUCCUCGUUAAAGUCAAAAUUCUUCCAAAUUUGGUCAUCAGUAACUGGUUAUGGUGAAUUAAACGUGUGCUUUUAGCCAAUCAGAAUCGGGGAAAUAUUUUGAAUGAAUAAUAAUGGACAUUAAGUUGCACAAUAUCAAGUACUGAAAAUUAUUAUUAUUAUUAUUAUUAUUAUUAUUAUUAUUAUUAUUAUUAUUAUUAUUAUUAAUUGGUAGCAUCAAGGUAUUAAGUUCAUGAGAAGGAUGGCUGGUUGCCAUCUGUAUGUCACAAACACCUUUCCUUGAGCUCCCUAUUACAGAGGAAAUAAAUUAGGUCAUGAACUCUGAAAAGAAGUGAAUAACAAACAAACAAAACGGAACCAAAAAUCAACUGCUGAGAUUUUUUUGUCCUAAAAAUAUCAUUAAAAAAUUAAAAUAAAAGAUGGCUAGUAUUAAGUUUGGUAAUCAUGACCCAUCUAAUCUUUUGUACACUUCAUCCCCAGCUCAUUGGCGUGAUUAUUUCAUACAUUUGCCAGUUAACAAAGGCAGCCAAGUUAUUGUUAUCUACUCCUUUAUUUAAACAGAUGAUUCUUUAAAUCAUCAGAGGUAUUCAGAAACCAAAUGCAGUAUAGGUUCUCAGUGGAUGGAGGGCAUUACUGAAGACAUUGAAGGUAGCCUUAUAAUAUUUAUUAUUGUAAUGCUUGUUUUGACUGAAUGGUGUUUCUGGUGAAAAAGUGUUCUGUGGGGGGAUUAUAAAAAGGGCCACUUACAUGUAAGUUAAGCCUGCAGAUCAAUUGAAGAAUAUUUCAAAGUUUGGUUGCCAAGGACAUAUUUUACAGGCAGGCUAUCAGAUAUUACGCGAUGGUGCGAUUUUGCACAGUUGACCUAGAAUCGCAUCUGAUCGCACAAUUCAUAAAAAAUCACAAAAUUCAUUUAAAAAAUGCUAAAUUCAAGCAAAGUAAACAAUAAAUUCUAACUUUAAUUAAACAUUUUCCCAAUCAUAAUGUUAUUUAAUCAUAAUGUUAUUUAAGAUCGUUUUCAUUGUCAUGCAACAAAAAAUAAAAUUGGAAACCGUCCAGUGGAAGAAGCCAAGAAAAUGAAAUGUUAUAAAAGACUAAUAUAUAAACAAUUUGUCCAAGUCCCGGAUCUUUGUGGCCAACAGUUUCUGAGUUAUUUGCCGAAACAUUUCACACACCUAGAGCUUUGUAUGGAGACGCCAUACUGGUGCACCAUUUUGGUGCACCAAUAUGGCCGCCAGAAAUCAACAAAACCAUCUGGGGUUCACUUUUUCUAUAAAAGCUCUUUCUUUUCACUUGAGAACUAGCUCUAGCAUACGUGUGCAUAAACAUAUCUUCUAAUGCUUGAAAUGGUUAUACUGCUGAAAAUUAAGAGUAGAGACCUUUUUUUCAAUGAGACAGCAUUCCUAUUUUGUUGUCACGCACCGUGAAAACUCGAAAGUUCAAAUUGCUGUAUUUUCGAAAUGAAACAUGCUACGGGAAUGGAAACUGGUACAAGGAUUUACUCUUUGUUUAUCUUCAACCUAGUGUAAAUAAGAAUUCGUAAAACCUCGCCAUUUUGACAUUACAAUUUGAUGACGUAAAGUUCUGUGAAAACCAUCUAUUUUUUCUUUUAUUUGUUUUUUUUCUGGGUCAAGACACUUGGACAAAUUUAUUUAUUUUGUUUUAAAAUAGAUGUUUUCUUAUUCUUUUACAUUGAAUUUGCCUGUUAAACAACAUUAAAGUGAUUUUUUUCCUUUGAAACCUGGUAAAACAAUAAUGUUAAUUAGCCCUGAAAAAAUUUGUCAUGGACUACUGAACAGGGCUUUUUUUUAUAGCUCUGUCUAAUCAUAGAUCGAUGUCUAUGGGUGACAAAAUUAUUGAGACAUUGUACUCAAAUAGGGUAACUUCAGAGCAAAACAAUUCACACCCCACCCCGCUUCGCCUCCAUUCAAAGUUGAGGUUUUUAGCAUUUUCUACAGGUAGCCUUUUGAAGUUGGUAAGACUUUGUCAUAGCUUGUAUGCGGUUUCUUACACGUGCACAUGUGUACUGGCAUACAUCAUGGACUUGCUUGCUGAUUAAAAAGGCUUUUUGACUUUUCUAUACUGAGUGUUCUUGAAUGUGACAAUAUCCUGAUCCGAAACUACAACAGACUUCAGAAAGUCCCUUCAGGCUAAAGUGUCUCAACUAAUUUUGUAGGUAUGCGUUAAUAGAAUUCACACGGUUUGCUGCCAAUAUUUAGUACAGCGCAUUGUCUACCCGAUCUAUCUGUAUUCUACUGAGGUUUAUCUUUAAUGUACUAGUGUUGUCUUACACCUGAUAAGACCUUUUGCAAGUAAACAUGUUUGCAUUAUCCAAAUGAAACAAAACUGAGUUAUAUUUUUUUGGGUGUAAAAUAUGUAUGUUUAAUUGGAAUUUUGAUGGUAUAAACUCCACUUAAUCAGCAAAAAACUUGUAAGAGUGUCCAUGCUGCACAGCAAUGAUCCAUUCAAACUGCUGAAAUUAUGAAAAAAGCUGGGGGGGGAUUAAAUCUUGCCUGUUCUCUAAAAUAACUCAUUGUGAUUUACAGAAAAGUAUUUUUUAUUAAAUGCUUUUAUGUCCCAUGAAAAUAAUCAAUACAAUUUGCCGCAGUGUCCACCUAUCGAACUACUGAAAAUGUAAAAACAACUAUCUUUUUUUCCAGCUCAGAACAUGCUUCCAUCCUUACAAAAUUUGCGAUGUGAUGCAGACCAGGUUCGCAACAAAACCAUCCUACCAUCUAACCUGAGAACAGUUACAGCGAAGAAAGGAUUCUUAGUUUCUGAUAACCAAGCAUCUGGGAACUGUUUGUUCUAUGCACUGUCAGAGCAACUGAAAAGUGUUAAAGGAAUCCAAAUCUCACACAAAGAACUUAGAAGCACUUUGGUCCAGUUUCUCAGAGAGAACGCUAAUCUGGUAAGGCGAUGAUGUAGUCCCGUAAUAGUAUGUUUAACUUCAUCAUGCUGGGGGAAAAAAUGGCAGAGUCCUUUAGUGUCUCCUAUAAAACCCAAGACUAUAAAGCCAAUUUGAUGAUAUCCUGAGCCAUACCAUGUUAUGAUUUGGGAACUUUGUUGAUUUGUACCUGUAAGGGGGAAGGGGUGUACUGCAAAAAAGAGACAAUGUCCAGAUGUUAGAUUCCCGAGGACUGGCAUCACUGAAAUAGGGAAAGUGUGUUAGAGCAUCUGGUUUAACUUAAUACAGUGGCGGAUCCAGGGGAGGGCCGGGGGGCCCGCCCCCUUAUUUUCAGACGAAACUAAAACAUUUUGAGACUGGGCCCCCCCAUUAUCUAAGGAUCAUGGAUAACCCCCCCCCUCCCGCCCCCCAGCCCUUAUCUCAAGGUCUGGAUCCAGCACUGCAAUAUAUCAAUAUAUCAUUAGGAAGAAUUUCUCAAAUAAGGUAAUCACUUGAGAAUGUGUGCUCUCUUUUGCACCGUACAUGAAAGCUUUUCUUUUGAAAGACCACCAAUCAUUAAAGUGAAAAAGUAUUUUCGGAGGUUAGUUAAUAUAGUUUGCUGUACCUCUUAGUAUAUCAUUUUUUGCAGCACUCUGACCUGUUGUUGUCAUCAGUUAACUCAAAACUCACUCCAUUUGUAUUCUGAUUCAUCAGGUAAAGGCUUGAAAUUCACUUGCUUGAAUGUUGUUGUUGUUGUUGUUGCUUUUAGCAUGAUGGAACAUCCUUAUUCAACUUUGUUUCUGGCUAUCCGUCAUGGCGUGAAUAUUUACAAAGCAUGGCGAAAGACAGUACCUGGGGUGAUCACCUAGUUCUGUUUGCUGCAGCAAAUCACUUUGAAACUGCCAUCCGUAUUAUCAGCAGCCUUGAUCGUGAAAUAGUUGUCCAUCCAGAACACGCAGUUGCUGACCCAACCCCCCUUGUGUUGGGACACAUUCAUGAGUUACACUAUGUUAGCCUUCAGCCCAGAAAAGGUACAAUACUAGUCUCUUCCCUGUCGCAAUCAGCCAGGUUUGUUUUACUCGUAGAAAAUGUGCUGCAGAUAUCAGCCCUGCACUGCGGUGUGGUGUUUUGUGGUCUUUGCAUGGAUUCUCUUACUACAAAUUAUCCUAAUGAGUUUCUUAAUAGUGUAAUCGCCUUUGUUAAUGUGGAGAAAAUUAUUUCCUUCUGAAUUUUUAAUUGCCCUUCCUCACUUCAAAUAUCCUAGCUAUACUCAUAGGAGUAGAUCCUAUUCAGCCGGAUAUUUUUCAGAUUUUCAGACGCAACAAAGUGUGACCUGUUUAGCUUAAUAGUUGUGAUUGAGAAGAAGUGAUUGUGAUGUCGAACAGGCGAGUUUGAAGCAGUUCACAGUUAAACAUCCACGCUUUAUACUGAGUGACAGGAAUCGUAAGCUAAUAUUGGCUUUGCGAUUUUACACCAAGAGAUGAUUAUUAUAAUAAGAAGAGUUUUAUUCAUGGCAUCUUACCCUUUGUAAAGUACCAGUUUUAAGGCGCUCGGCCCCUCGAUCUUUCUCGAGUGAUGCGUACCAAAUGCUGCAUACCGUAAAGGAAACGAAAAGGUAUUCAAAGAUUUUUAAAAGAGAUUCUAUUUCCAGGAGUGGCGGACUGAAAUGUCCAUUACUCAGAACGUGUCCAAGAAUAAUUUUUUUAUUUUUUGUGAAAGUUAGCGGUUUCCGUUCAGAAUAUUCACAGUGUAGCUCAAUGGUGCUGUGAGAACCAUCUACUUAUCAAUCCCGAUAAAACUAAACUCCUUUUCCUCGGUACCAGACAGAUGUUAAGCAGGUUACCAGAAGACCCUAGAGUGGUAUUCUUAGGUAAAACACUGAAGCCAACAGACUCUGCCAAGGACUUGGAAGUCUUUCUUGACCCCCAUCUGACCUACGAUCACCAUAUUUCAUGUGUAGUAUCAUCUUGUUUCGCAAAGCUUUGCCAAAUAAAUAGAGUCAAAAGGAGCUUCGACAAGGAAACACUAGAGUUGUUAAUAACAUCAUUAGUCUUUAGCAAGAUGCUUUACUGCUCAUCUGUAUGGUCUAAUACUACACUCCAGAAUAUAAACAGAUUACAAUCUAUUCAGAAUUUUGCCAGCAAGAUCGUAACAAACUCUAGGAAGUUUUACCACGUAACACCUUUGCUUCGAGAGCUAAACUGGUUUCCUGUUAAAGAACAAUUAUUCUAUAGAGACUCCGUUUUGACCUUUAAAUGUCAGAACGAUCUUGCGCCUCAAUACUUAACGAGCAAGUUUACCAAGCGCUCAAAUAUACAUACUCGUAACACUCGUACACGGAACUCUUUGUAGAUUCCGCUAUACAGAACGGCUAUAGGCCAGCGCACAUUUUCCUACAGAGGGGCCUACAUAUGGAAUAACUUGCAUAAUGAACUUAGGCAAAGUGCCUCAUUGGCAUCUUUCAAGCGCGCCCUGAAAGACACACUAUUGAGGCAGACAUUUCCUUCAUAAGCUUUAGAUUUUAGUAGAAUACCAUCAUAAAUUGUGAUUUCGAGUUUUUAUUGUCAUUUUUGCUUUUAUAAAUUGGAAAUAGUUUGUAAAUAGUUCCUGAAAAACCUCACGAGGAUGUUACUAUUAAAGUUAUUAUUAUUAUUAUUAUUAAUAUUCGCAUGUCACUUUCAUGACUCCAUUUCUAUGGACGUAGGCACUUUCAUGAUUUACAGUUUUGUAUUGUAUUAUUUCUAGGUGAUCAUACGUUAUCUAAGAUUAUGUCAGUUGUGAAAGGCUCAUUAUUGACCUUCUAACCAUAUUGUUCAAAGUACAAAGUAAAACGACUGUGAUAGAGAAUGCUUUUUUAUCGACUGACAGACGGUUCUCCCACCUCAGUGAAUAGAACUGUGAGGAUCAUGUAUCCUUUGUUCUAAUGGCCGUUGUUUAUUAUUUUUUAUUUUGCCAGAUGAGUGUUUAUUUCAAACGAAUAAGAGGGGUAAGGAAGGGUUCAUGAUGGAGAACGACGAAGUCAGAACAAAACCAAGGAGGAGCAUUGAAGAUCUCAAGGCUGUUAGAUCCACAGGUAUGAGUUCAUGAUAUGCACCUUAACCACAACCCUUCUAUUAUCAACCCCCCAUCCCCACCCCCCAAAAAGAAGGAAUUGUACCACUCCAAAUCAGUGAUAGAUCAGUACCCUUUAAGGGUACGAAUCUCGUCUCCAGAGGCUGUUUUGCUACCGAGGCAGGUAGACCACGAAUUCAAAGAUUCGCGUGACAGUUGAUUUUGGCGCUAGUGCGCUAACGAUUUAGGUCAGGGACUUGAGUUUGUCAAACCACGAGAUGAACUCUUGUGUUGACAUUCCUUUCUCGUUGCUGACGUCUUUCUCAUUGCUCGCGCCUCAGAGUUAUGAAACACAAGUAUGCUGCAACUGGAAGAACUUUCAUUGAUUUGGACUUUUCGAAAACAAAAGUUUGACUUGGCCUAUGAAAUGCUCAGGAAUAUGACCACAUUAGAAUAAAGUAAUGCUGGGACGAUAUCUCGCUAAUUACAGUGCUGGAGUGAAAUUGAGGUCAGGAUAUUUCCAUGCUUUUUAAAAUUUUUGGAUUGGACUCAAAAUAGAAUCACGACUUAUUUCUCAGUGUGUCAUAUUUCCCUAAUCAUGCGCCCUCCAUUACAAACUAACAGGUUAAAUACUUGAUAACGUUCAAGCAGCGUGUAUGAAUAUUCAUUUUUUAGAUUCGUCAUACCCAAACGACAUUUUCGAGAGGAUCCGUCAGCUGUAUAGAACUCGUGAACAACGCCUUCUGCCUGUACCUUGGUGUGAAGAUUUCAGCUUUCAGUUGAAUGAUAUUUUUACAAGACUAAAAAUCUCGGGCAAAGAAAAGACCCAAGGAGUACUUACUGACGAGAUAACCAAUAUGACUGCUAUCUUUAAGGCGCACGCAAAAUGUCAAAGCCCGCGAACAAUCUUGAUAGAGGGAGAUCCUGGCAUGGGAAAAACCACAUACUGUCAAAAGCUGGCGUAUGAUUGGGCAACUAAGAACGACGAAUGGGAUCCAUCUUUUCCAGAGAUUGAAGUGCUACUGCUUCUCAAAUGUAAUGAAAUUCAAUCCAACAUCUGGGAGGCUAUCGAUGAUCAAAUUUUACCCGAGGAAAUGGAAGAUCAAGCUAAGGAAUGUUUCUUUAAAUUCAUUCGCGAAAAUCAGUCGAAAGUUCUUUUAGUUCUCGAUGGAUUGGACGAAGUGGAUCCUAGUAACCUCAAAUUCCUCUUCAGCCUUAUUCAAGGUAAAGAACUUUCAGGUUGCUACAUUGUUGUGACAUCUCGUCAUGAGGCUGGAAGUAAAGUAAGGAGGUACUGUGACACUCUGUGGGAAAUUGAAGGAUUUACCAAGAAAGAUGCAGAAAGCUUUAUUCUUAAAUACUUUAAAAACAUCAAUAAAGAGCACUUAGCCUGGAAACUUAUAGAACGCAUAUGGGAUGUGCCCUUUCUAUUUGAGUCACAACAGGAUGGAGACCUGAGUGAACUGACAAAAAAUCCCUUAAACACUGCCUUACUGUGUGUUAUAUGUGAGGAUUUUGAGGGCGUGUUUCCAACGAGCAGAACUGAAUUGUACACGGAGAUUGUUCUUUGUGUUUUAAGAAGAUAUGAACAAAAGCAAGGUUUAGCAAGCAAGAAUGAAGACCUGAUGACUGUUUACAAAAAAGAAUUAAUAGAUCUUGGAAGAAUGGCAUUAGAAUCUCUUCUAAAAGGAGAGUUGUAUUUUGAAGAACAUAAAUGUGACGGUGGCCUCAUUGUCUUAUCCAAGUUCGGAUUCCUUUCACUUCAGGCUGGUGGCAGUAAGAGGAAAGUUGUUGUGCGUUAUGCCUUUCUUCAUAAGAGUUUUCAAGAGUUCUUUUCUGGUUUCUAUCUUGCUUACAAACUGAUUGAGGGUGAAAUUGAGUGCGAAUCAUUGGUGACUGACCAAAGAUAUGAGAACGAACUAUAUCAAGUCUUUUUAUUCAUGAUCGGAAUUUUAGUUUCAACAAGUGAGAAAACCGCAGAGUCUCUCGUAACAUAUAUGGCUAGAAAUAUCACAAGUCUUCGGUCUGCGAGAGACAUUUCAGAGCGUGUCACAUUUUCAUUAGGUUGUUUAUCAAAGCACGAAAGUUUAGUUUGCACCUUAGGGGAGCACCUUGAUAUUUCUUAUUUGAAAUUGGAGACUGCAAUUUGGAAAUAUGAUGUUGUGUCUCUUUCCAAGGCCCUUUCAGUUAACUCCUCCUUAACUCAUUUGGAUUUGAGUUAUAACAGUAUUGGUGAUUCUGGAGCUGCGUCUCUUUCUCAGGCUCUUGCAGUCAACUCCUCCUUAACUAAUUUGUAUUUGCAUGAAAACAGUAUUGGCUAUUCUGGAGCUGAGUCUCUUUCUCAGGCUCUUGCAGUCAACUCCUCCUUAACUAAUUUGAAUUUGAAAUUCAACAGUAUUGGCUAUUCUGGAGCUGAGUCUCUUUCCCAGGCUCUUUCAGUCAACUCCUCCUUAACUAAUUUGGAUUUGAGUUGGAACAGUAUUGGUGAUUCUGGAGCUGCGUCUCUUUCUCAGGCUCUUGCAGUCAACUCCUCCUUAACUAAUUUGAUUUUGCCUGGAAACAGUAUUGACUAUGCUGGAGCUGUGUCUCUUUCUCAGGCUCUUGCAGUCAACUCCUCCCUAACUAAUUUGUAUUUGAGUUGGAACAGUAUUGGCUAUUCUGGAGCUGCGUCUCUUUCCCAGGCUCUUGCAGUCAACUCCUCCUUAAGUAAUUUGGAUUUGAGUGGGAACGGUAUUGGUGAUUCUGGAGCUGCGUCUCUUUCCCAGGCCCUUGAAGUCAACUUCACCUUAACUAAUUUAGAUUUGAGUGCGAACAGAUUUGGCUAUUCUGGAGCUGCGUCUCUUUCCCAGGCUCUUGCAGUCAACUCCUCCUUAACUAAUCUGGAUUUGAGUGGGAACAGUAUUGGCAAUUCUGGAGCUGCAUCUCUUUCCCAGGCUCUUGAAGUCAACUCCUCCUUAACUAAUUUGGAUUUGAGUGCGAACGGUUUUGGCAAUUCAGCAGCUGCGUCUCUUUCGCAAGGUCUUGCAGUCAACUCCUCCUUAACUAAUUUGUAUUUGAGUGGAAACGGUAUUGGCAAUUCUGGAGCUGCGUCUCUUUCCCAGGCUCUUGAAGUUAACUCCUCCUUAACUAAUUUAGAUUUGAGUGCGAACGGGUUUGGCUAUUCUGGAGCUGCGUCUCUUUCCCAGGCUCUUACAGUCAACUCCUCCUUAACUAAUUUGGUUUUGAGUGAGAACAGUAUUGGUGAUUCUGGAGUUGCGUCUCUUUCCCAGGCUCUUGCAGUGAACUCCUCCUUAACUAAUUUGGAUUUAAGUGAGAACAGUAUUGGUGAUUCUGGAGCUGCGUCCCUUUUCCAGGCUCUUGCAGUCAACUCCUCCUUAACUAAUUUGGAUUUGCGCGGGAACAGCAUUGGCGAUUCUGUGGCUACUGCUCUAUCCCAUGUGAGCACGGUUAAUACAACGGUGCACGUUGUUCUUGUUGAUGAUGAUGAGGAGGAGGAGGAGGAAGAGGAAGAGGGAGACAAGAACAAGGAGAAGCAUAUAAACUGGUAA